AUGCAGAAAGGAAAGGUUAAACUGGGUCAGCUGGACUUGGAGGGAGCCCUGAUUGCCAGAGACCGAGUUGGCAUCCAGGACUUUGUGCUUCUUGAUUCCCACAACAGUGAGACAGCCUUCCUAGACAAUCUGAAGAAGCGUUUCACAGAGGAUUUGAUAUAUCUGGACUUGGAGGGAGCCCUGAUUGCCAGAGACCGAGUUGGCAUCCAGGACUUUGUGCUUCUUGAUUCCCACAACAGUGAGACAGCCUUCCUAGACAAUCUGAAGAAGCGUUUCACAGAGGAUUUGAUAUAUACUUACGUAGGUACUCUGCUGAUAUCUGUGAACCCAUGCAAAGAAUUGGACAUCUACACCAAGAAACAAAUGGACCUCUACAUGGGAGUGAACUUCUUUGAGCUGCCCCCUCAUAUUUUGCUUAGUUUUGAGCAGUUUUGCAUCAACUACUGCAAUGAGAAGCUACAGCAGCUCUUCAUUCAGUUGACGCUGAAGUCUGAACAGGAGGAAUAUGAGGCAGAAGGAAUUGGGUGGGAGCCGGUGCAGUUCUUCAACAAUAAAAUCAUCUGUGAUCUGGUGGAAGAGAAGCACAGAGGAAUCAUCUCUGUGUUGGAUGAGGAGUGUAUGAGGCCGGGUGAUGCCACGGAUCUCACUUUUCUUGAAAAGCUUGAAGAGAAAAUGGGAAAUCAUCCCCACUUCUUAACCCAUAAACUGGCCGAUAAGAAGACCCGCAAGUCUCUGGAGAGAGGCGAUUUUCGUCUUCUUCAUUAUGCGGGGGAGGUGACCUACUGCGUUUUGGGGUUCAUUGACAAAAACAAUGAUCUGUUGUACAAGAACAUCAAAGAUGUGAUGCGCCUGUCAAAGAACCCUAUAAUACAGGAGUGCUUUCCAGCCACUGAGGGAGACAGCAGGAGAAGACCUGAGACAGUGGCUACUCAGUUUAAGAACAGUCUUCUGCGGCUGACGGAGAUUCUGACGGCUAAGGAAGCGUGGUAUGUGCGCUGCCUCAAGUCCAAUGACAAUAAACAGUCAGGCAAGUUUGAUGAAGUUCUGGUCAGGCACCAGGUGAAAUAUCUGGGGUUAAUGGAGCACCUGAGGGUCAGACGAGCUGGAUUUGCUUAUCGACGUAGAUAUGAGGUUUUUCUACAGAGGUACAAAGCUCUUUGUCCUGCCACUUGGCCCCACUGGAGAGGUGUACCUGCAGAGGGAGUGGAAAAACUUGUGCAACAUUUAGGCUACAAGCCUGAUGAGUAUAAAAUGGGCAGGACAAAGAUAUUCAUACGAUAUGCCAGGACACUUUUUGCCACAGAAGAUGCCUUUGAAAUCUGCAAACAUGAACUGGCUACAAGAAUACAGGCCAAAUACAAAGGUUACAAAGCCAAAGGAGAGUUUCGAAAACAGAAGGAAGCUGCUACAAAAAUUGAGACGUGUUGGAGAGGAGUGCAGGCACGCAAAGAGAGAGAUCGCAGAGCCUGGGCUGUCAAAAUCAUUAAACAAUUUAUUAAGGGUUACAUCACACGUCGUGAGGCAAAAACUACUGAGAACUCAGAAUACCUGGCCUUCGUUCGACAGAGCUACCUAAAUAGACUGAAAGACAACUUACCAAAGACUGUCCUGGACAAGACCACAUGGCUGACACCUCCCCCAGUCAUGACUGAGGCCUCAGAGAUUCUGCGACAGCUGAACACACGGAUGAUGGUGAGGAAGUAUGUGCGGGGAAUUACGCCGCAGAAAAAAGCACAGCUGCAACAAAAAGUAGUAACCAGUGCCAUCUUUAAGGGAAAGAAGGACAGCUACCCUUCGAGCAUUGCUGUUCCUUUUGUGGACACUAGAAUCAAGGAACAAGACAUCAAUAUGAGGAUUCUUCAGACUAUACGACAUGAACGUAUCAAGUACAGCGUUCCUGUGGUGAAGUAUGACAGAAAUGGAUUUAAAUCCAGACCAAGGCAACUUGUUCUCACUCAGGCUGCUGUGUAUUUGGUGGAAGAGGCUAAGAUCAAGCAGAGAGUGGACUAUGUUUCUCUAAAAGGUGCGUCUGUCAGUAAUCUGGGUGACUCUGUCAUGAUCCUCCACGUUGCUUUGAAUGAUCCAAAACAGAAGGGGGACUUGGUACUUCAGUGUGACCACCUGUUUGAAGCUUUGACCAAACUGGCCAUGAUUGCAAACAAGCAGAAUAACAUCAAGGUUGUUCAGGGAAGCAUCAAGUUUGAGAUCCAGGCAGGCAAGGAGGGUGGUGUGGAUUUCAGCACUGCUCAAGAACCUAUGAUCUUUAAAGGCAAAAAUGGUCAUCUUAUGGUGGUGGCUCCACGGGUCAAGUCUCGAUGAUCUAAAGGUGGUCACCAAGUGUGUAUAUUUCAUGAGGGAAACCCUUAUGGAAGAAGAUAUCUUUCUCCAUCCCCCAAACUGACACACACUUAUCACACACUAAGAGCUCAGUAUACGGAGAUUCAAAGCAGCACCCUGUGUACAAAUGGAAAAUUAUAUUUGGUUGUUUUCAUAAAUGCUGUCCUUCAGGUUACAGUUCUUGAUGACAUUUCUUGUAAAUUUAAUAUUUUUUUUGGUCAUGUUCAUGCUUUGUUAUUGAGGCAUAUUUAUAACAUUGUUUUAUACCAAACCGCAGAAAUAAAAUACAAAUCA